CUUUCCUUUGCACCUCAGAUGACUCUUUGCUCGCUGGUUUGACUAUGGGGAGCCUACAGUUGAUCCUUGUGCUCUUUGUCUUGCUCUCCGAUGUUCCCCCAGUUAGAAGUGGAGUGAACAUGUACAUAAGACAGAUUUACGAUACAUGCUGGAAACUAAAAGGCCAUUGCAGGAAUGUAUGUGGAAAAAAAGAAAUUUUUCACAUUUUUUGUGGCACUCAAUUACUGUGCUGUAUAGAAAGAAAGGAAAUGCCCGUUCUCUUCGUGAAGUAACUGUGAGUAUCCAGGGGCCUCCGGCUGGUUCCUCUGGGAAUUCUGA